AUGAGCUCUGCUUCGAAUCUUGAGGAGCUUUACUUAUGGGAGAGUAAUCUCAGCGGAAAUAUUCCUGACUCUAUCUCCAAUGUUUCUAAGCUCAGAAUCCUAUCAUUACAAGAAAACUCGUUCUAUGGCCUUAUUCCAGAUACACUUGGCAAUUUGAGGUUCCUUGAGAUAUUUUACCUUUGGUCGAAUCAUUUGACCACCAAAACUUUCAACUCAAUGAGUGGAGCUUUCUCUAUUCCUUGGCAAAUUGCAGAUAAGUUACAAGGCUCUAUCCCACAUGAUCUUUGUGGUUUGAAGGGAUUGUACAAAUUAUCAUUGGUGGCUAAUGAGCUUGAUGGACUUUUACCGACAUGUUUGUGUGAUUUGACUUCUCUGAGAUAUCUAUACUUGUUCUCCAACAAAUUGCAUUCGCAAAUACCUUUAAGUUUUUGGAGCCUUAAAGAUAUCUUAGAAGUAGACUUGUCAUCAAACAAUCUUAGCGGUUCACUUCCACUUAACAUUGGAAAUUUAAAGGUACUUAUCUCUUUGAAUUUGUCAAGGAAUUUAUUAUUAAGUGAUAUUCCGUCCACAAUUGGAAGUCUCCAAGAUCUACAAGUUUUGAAUCUUUCCAGAAAUAGAUUACAAGGGCCUAUUCCAAAAUCAUUGGGUGACUUGAUGAGUUUGAAAGCCUUGGAUUUAUCUAACAACAAUCUCUCUGGAGUUAUUCCCAAGUCUUUGGAAAAACUUUAUGAUCUCAAUUAUUUUAAUGUGUCUUUCAACAGAUUAGAAGGAGAAAUACCAAGUGGAGGGCCUUUUUUGAACUUCGCAGCCAAAUCCUUCAUGAAAAAUUAUGCACUAUGUGGUUCACCUAGACUACAAGUCUCACCUUGCAAAAAUAAAAUCCAUCCCAAAUUCAAGAAGACCGCUCUUCAUGCUUUGCGGUAUGUUUUUCCAACAUUUGCUUCAAUAAUAAUAGUUGUAGCUGUCAUAAUUGUCUACAAAAAAGGGCAGCGGGGGAAUAUGAAUUUGGCAACGGUUGAAGAUUUAAUUCCUCUCAAGAAAAGGAGAAGAAUUUCGUAUAAUCAACUAUUGCAAGGGACUGGUGGAUUUAGUGGGAAUAACUUACUUGGUUCAGGAAGUUUUGGCUCUGUAUACAAAGGAAUACUUUCAGAUGGAACAGAAGUCGCAAUAAAAGUUUUCAAUUUGCAAAUAGAUGAAGCAUUUAAGAGUUUUGACACUGAAUGUGAAGUGAUGAGAAAUAUCCUUCAUCUCAAUCUUGUCAAGGUUAUUACUUGUUGUUCAACUAUUGAUUUCAAAGCCUUGGUGCUUGAGUUCAUGCCUAAUGGGAGCCUUGAGAAAUGGUUAUAUUCUUACAAUUAUGUAUUGGAUAUCCUACAAAGAAUCAACAUAAUGAUAGAUGUUGCAUCGGCAUUAGAAUACCUCCAUUUGGGACAUCCGAUUCCUAUAAUCCAUUGUGACCUAAAACCAAGUAAUGUCUUAUUGGAUGAGGACAUGGUUGCACACGUGGGAGAUUUUGGAAUUGCCAAGCUAUUGGGAGAAGGAGAUUCCAUCAAACAAACAAUGACACUAGCUACUGUUGGCUAUAUGGCACCAGAAUACGGAUCAGCAGGAAUUAUUUCCAUAAAGAGUGAUGUCUAUAGCUAUGGCAUUCUAUUAAUAGAAACUUUCACAAGAAAGAAGCCCACAGAUGAAAUUUUUGUUGGAGAAAUGAGUAUGAAGCAUUGGGUGAAAAGGUACCUUUUUGGUGCUGGGUUCCUCCCUACGAUGAGGACUAUGUUCUAUCAAGGGAAGGAUGAAGGGUUUCGGGUGCAAGUUUAUAGGUGUUUAGAGGAAUGGCCGUGUGUGGGCACUAGUGCCAAGACCUUGGGAAGGGAAUGUUUAAGGGCAGUGUUUCUAAUGGUAGAGGGGUUGGAGUCUGGUGGUGGAGUUGAGGGGUUCUGGGUGUUUGAAGGUGAGUCCGAGAAAGCUAAAAGGGAGAGGAAGCUGGGGCUUUAA